CGCGCCGUGGGAAAUCUGACAAACCUCAUGGCUGCGGGUUGCUCGGAAGGUCCUCGGCCAAAGGCGGCCUCGGAGGGACCAGUGAUAGGACCGGCUGGCGUUGUGCCUUGCCUAGAGCUGCCGACGUAUGCUGCAGCUUGUGCGCUGGUGAAUAGCCGCUACUCCUGCCUGGUGGCCGGGCCGGACCGGGGGCACAUAGCGUUGUCGCCCCGCUACCUGAACAGGAAACGCACCGGCAUCCGAGAGCAGCUCGAUGCGGAGCUCCUGCGCUAUUCCGAGAGCCUUUUUGGUGUCCCUAUUGCAUAUGAUAACAUCAAAGUUGUGGGUGAACUGGGAGAUAUUUAUGAUGACCAAGGACACAUUCAUCUUAAUAUUGAAGCGGAUUUUGUUAUUUUCUCCCCUGAACCAGGGCAAAAGCUUAUGGGGACAGUUAAUAAAGUGUCUUCUAGCCACGUUGGCUGCUUGGUACAUGGGUGUUUCAAUGCCUCCAUCCCUAAGCCUGAGCAGAUGUCAGCUGAGCAGUGGCAAACCCUGGAGAUUAAUGUGGGUGAUGAACUAGAAUUUGAAGUAUAUCGCUUAGACUCAGAUGCUGCUGGAGUAUUCUGCAUUCGGGGAAAACUAAAUAUCACUAGUUUCAAGUCCAAGUGCUCUGAAGCGUCUGAAGAAGUAGAAACUGGUAUUGAAGAACCUGUUGAAAAACCUCCCAAGAAGAAAAAGAAAAAGAAAAAAGACCCAGAGACAUGUGAAGUGGAUGGUGAUACCCCAGAGCUAGCAAAUUUUGCAGAUGCCACCCUAAAGGAAGAGACAGAACAGCAGAUUCCUAAUAAUGUGAAUGGCCUCUGGGAGGAAGAGCCAAAGAAGAAGAAAAAGAAGAAAAAGCACCGGGAAAAUCAGGAACAGGACCCUGUUUUCCAAGGCAGUGACUCCAGUGGUUACCAAAGUGACCAUAAAAAGAAAAAAAAGAAAAGAAAACACAGUGAAGAGGCUGAACUUGGCCCACUUUUGGAACACCCACCUAAAAAGAAGAGGGAAAAGUAAUUUUCUAUAGUGCAUUUUAAAUGUGAUUUGGUUUCCAAAGAUUGAUUUAUACAUAGUAGAUGAAUAAAUGUUUUGAAUGAUGUGAAGUGUAUAUAUGUAUAUACACACAUACACACACACACACACCAGUAGUUUACAGAAAUAGGGAAUGCUUCAUUAGGAGUUGGAGAGUUUUUGUGCUAAAAUUACAAAGCUGAAUGUAAGUUAAUUUUGGAAUACCAGUAUUAUUAAAGUGCCAUUUUAUCAAAUAUAGAAUAAAAAGGUAAGAGCCACUGUCAUUCUCAGCUGUUUGGUCUUCCAGAUUUUACAUCUACAUAAAAUUAUUUCUACAGUCUCAAGACUAUCAAAAGGAUUUUAUAAUGCAAUAUUCAUAUCAUUAAAGACUGAGUUGUUUGAGAUUUUUUCCUUUUAUUUUUUGGCGUGGUACAGUUUACUUUUGGUUAGUAUAUAUUGUUAUCGUUUGCUUUUUUAAAACUGAAGACAUUUACUAGUUUUAAAUUGUCUUUAUUAUGGCCACUACAGUAUUGCUGUCGUGUAGCUUAGAAUGUUUUGCCAAAGGAGCUUCUGUAGCCUCCAGAGCUCUUAAGAACCAUUCUCUUACAGCCCAUGUAGGGGGAAACAGUAUUCACUGUCCUUUCCUACCAUGUGCAUGUGUGUUGUUUGUUUCUUUUUUAAGUUUGAGAGGUUGCUGAAAGGGCUGUUUUCUUAUAUUUGUUUAUUUGUUUCUCAACCAUUCUAAUUAUGUUGUGUGUUGGAGGACAGGAGUCUGAUGAGAUAGGAUAAAGGUGAUUCUGACUAGUGGGAAAUUUCCUGAUUACUUUUUAAUAACUAGGAUAGGCCACUAGAAACUGUUCUAAAGAGAAAUUAGCUGUUUGUGGCUUUCGGUGAUAAAAUGCAGAAUGUAUCUUGACUAAUUGGAAAACACUGAGUUAUGAAACAAUAAUGCUGGUUGAAGCUGAUAAUCGAUGCAUGGCCAUAUUCACCCACUUAACAGAUAUUUGACUAUCUAUAUUGCAUUCUUUUAGGGCCCAGGGAUGUAAUGGCAAACAUGGUGGAUGCCGUUUCUUCCCUCAUGAAGUGCAGUAGGAAAAGCAGAUGCAUACACAGUAUAAAUAAGAAAAUACAGAAAAGUAAUAGUUGUGUUAAGCUCUAUGAAGAAAAUGCGGAUUAUCCACUUACUGUAACCUGUGUUAGUAUUUGCAAGUAGAUGAAUGGUUGAAUUGAAUUCUCACUGUCAGUUUUUGUUGCGCUAUAUGUAGUGCUCUAGAACUAAUCUCACAGUUUAAUGUUUGAAGUAAACAAAUUCUGCGGAUGUGAGUGCUUAGAGAGUGGCUGACAGUCACAGCAUUUGUCUACAGAUGAUGGAGGGUGCAGGUCAGUUUCUUUUGUUACAGUUGAGAAUUCAUGUGAGUACUGAACCCUUGGAAUGAAGCUAACUCCAAAUUGAGUUGUGUUCUCAGGAUGAAAUACAUACCAGACUUUUGAAGAUGUUCCCCCAAAAAAGAAUGUAAACUCUCAGUUUUGAUGUCAGUGAAAUUAUAAUAUGCUUGGUAUAAUGGCUAGAAUAAAAUACUGUAACUUCAGCUUUUUUCAGCUUAUUUUUCUACAAAAAAAAUAGAAAAAUGUAUUAAACAUGAGGCUCACAUUUCCUUUGGUAUGGACAGUGCAGUUUUAAGAGUCUGAAUUGGAAAGGGUUUGAAAUAAACUGUGUUAUCAGUCUAUAAUAUAGUGACAUACCUAGAAAGUCUUUAGUAAAUGCUUCCUUCAAAUUUAAAAAUCGGUAUGUAUAAUCGUAAUCAUGUUUGAUAAUAUACAAAAUUAUUUUCUAUUGAAAUAAUUCUAAUCCUUCUACACACAAAUCAAGAAAGAUGUCAGAUUUAUCCUAUUCGUGGGAAAAUACAUGUGUAUAAGCAAAAUAAGCAAAUUCUUAACAUGUUUUUAUUAUGCAUCAAGUGGUACUUCUGUCAUGUUUUAGUUUUAAAUUAUUUUCAUCUUUGAAGACAAAGAGGAACAGCAUCCUGAACUAAAAACUUGAUUUGUUCAUGCUUUCUCAUGAUGUGAGUAACUUUUAAAAUGAUCUGCCCACUUGGCUUCCCUAGAAUGUAUUGACAUUUUUUUUCGAUAUAGAAAUGCUGAUGAUGGUGUCCUUCAUGUAGUCUUCAAAACACUGUCACAUGCUAUCUUUACCAAAGCUUUUCUUUUCUGUCUCAGAAUGUACUUAUUAAAAAAACCCUCUAGUCUAGACGAAACCCCUUACUUUCUCUUUAAUUCCUGUCAUUCACCAAUUUCUAAACGGUGUAAGGCAUCUCAUUCGUUAUUGGACACAUGGAUGAUAUAAGCAGUCUCUGCUCUUGAAGUCUGUGAGAUCAUUAGGUAGGAAUAGUAAGUACAGAAAGUAUGUGUGAGCAUUGUGCAAACAACGUAGUGAAUACUGCCACUUUGUAUGUUUGAAGCAGGAGAUAAUGUUUAAGCCGCUAGAUGAACAGCAUUUUACCAGUGAAGGGAAAGAAAAGGGUUGUGGCAAUCCAGGGUAAGAGCCAAGGAGAGGCCUGAGAGAUACCUAAUGCAAAAGGCGUCAGACACUACCUCCUACAUAAAAUUUUUCUGGACCAAAGUGGGCUUACUCUAACCUCAUAAUUCUUUUUUUGUAAUAAUUUUCAACUUCUUGCACUCUGCAUUAUUGUUUCAAACUGUUUACCUGUUCAUAAAUUCUGUUUCUUGAUCAAAUUUGUCCUAAAUAAGUUUCGUAAGGACUUAUUAAGGAUGUAUUGUGCCUUAACUAUACAGUAUUUAGCAGGGAGUUCUUUAUACAGUAAAAGCAUCAACAGAUAUUUCCCUUUUGAAAUAAUUAAAUGAAAGGCAUAGUUUCAAAUGAUAUUUUGUUUCUGAUUUGAUCAUCUAAGUCAUUUCAUCUGUUGUUUUAAUAAAUGCAUUCAUUGCUUUGCCUUGAUGUGGUUUUCCAAGUAUUUUUAUUUUUGUGUCAAUGAUGAUGUGUGUGAGAAACUUCCAGUUGUCAGAAAUUUAGUCUCUUUUAAUGUACUUUAUACGUUUACCACAUGGAUCAUCUUUGGACAUUUUCGCUCCUAAAAACAAGAUAUUUUGUGUCACAAAAUCAAUAUGUAUUAAUCUCCCUACCUUUUCCCUCACCACACACACCCACUUGAUGAUUUUAUUUCUUGGAAAUAACCACUACUGUCAAUUCCAUGUGUUGUUUUAGGAGUUUUGUUAUGUUUUGAAUAAAUUGAAAAAUAUUUUAAAACAUAAAUGUAAUCAACUACCCAUAUGGUCUUUGGACCUACUUACUCUCUUUUGUUUGGUAUUGAAUAUCUUAUAUGGAUAUGUAGAGUCUGCUAAUGUUGGCAAAAUUUUAAUGUAUAAUUUGUUUCACUUCUUGAUGGGUGUUUAGAUUCUUUUUUCUCUAAUUCACAUAUACAUUAAAUGUGUGUGUAUAUACAUCUUGAUUUGCCUGAUACAUAGUUCUGAAAAGGGAAUUGCAUUUAUCUAAGAGAAUAAAGUUUUACUUUUUGAUA